GUGCUCUUACCUGGAAGAACAGUUGAGCAACCGAACGGUGUCUUUAAAAGGUGUGCAAUUACUGUCUGGAAAUGCGAAUCUGACGCACAUGUCUAAAACCAGCAGAGAUCCCAAACUAGACAAAGCCAGAUUUCUCCAGGUUCCAGGACAACCAGGGGACCCCAGAGAGGGGUUUCAGCGGGACAUUUGUGCCCCUCUGCUUUUCAUCGCCAUACCUCCACAAUUUAAGUUUGAACAGUUGGAACCAGAAUUAAAUACACCGACCUUUCUACAAAUCAAAGGAAAAUAAACUAUUUUUUACGCGCAGUCGUCUCAUCUGAUCAUUCUCCGCCGAUGUGAAUGUGUAAGCGUUGCGCAACUUUUUUUUAUGAUAAGAUACAACAGAAAUGCAAACUGAAAAAUUCGCUGGAUCACCUGCAUGGCCGUAGCUACUGCACUGUUUGGUUUUGGAAACAUUCUUGGUUCCUGCACUGACAUGAGGGCGCCGUCAUAGUAUCUGUUGUCAUCUGGUCCAGUUGUGCGCUCUUUUUUUUUUUUUUUUUUUUUUGAGUUGGGAAGUUUCUGUAAGUGAGUCAACACGGCACAGGGAGGACGCCACCCAGCCCUGCCGCUGGAUCAUACCUACGCUACGCUGGGCUUCUCCUCCGAGGACGCGGGACACAAAGGCAACUUCUCUUGGUGAGGGGAAGAUCGGGAUUUACUUUUUCCUUUUCUUUUUUUCUUUUCUUUUUUUUUUUUUUAAUCUUCACACUGAACCGGGGAUGGUUAUCGCCGUUUUGACGCGGCUUUUUCCUCUUUGGGAUUAACGCAGUGGACGGAGGGAGAAAUGAAAGUGACGGUGUGUUUCGGGAGGACCAGGGUGGUCGUUCCGUGCGGAGAUGGGAAUAUAAAAGUCCACAGCCUCAUCGAGCAAGCGGCCAUGAGGUAUAAAAAGGCGAUCGCGAAGGACCCCAGCUAUUGGGUUCAGGUCCACAGGCUGGAACAUGGAGAUGGAGGCAUCUUGGACCUGGAUGACAUGCUGGUCGACGUGGUGGAUGACAAAGACAGGCUGGUCGCAGUCUACGAAGAGCAGGAUCCCCACAAUGGAGGUGAUGGUACCAGCGCCAGCUCUACCGGCACACAGAGUCCAGAACCAUUCCCCAGUGAGAUGGGUUCAGCCUCGGCCUUCCAGCCCUACCAGGCCACCAGUGAGAUCGAGGUCACCCCGUCUGCUCUGCGAUCCAAUAUGUCCCUGAAUGUCCGUCGGAGCAGUGACCCCUCCCUGGCCGGCCUUCCGCCAAUUGAGGUUCCCGUCAGUCCGGAGGAACCGUCCAGAAAGAACCCAGCACGGUGGUCCACGACUGCAGGGCUCCAGAAGUACAGCCAUCAACCAAACGCCAGUGGAGGCACGGGGAGCCUAGAGCGAAAGGGCAGGGGAGCCCAUGCCUACCGGAGUCUUCCUCGAGAUACAAGUGGCUGGUCCACUCAGUUCCAAAGAGAGAUGACUCGAUCCUCCCUGAGUGCCAACCACCCGAUGGUGGAUCGAUGGUUGGACCGACAAGAGCAGGAAGAGGAGGAGGAAGAGCAAAGGAGACACGAAAGGAGAAUUGAGCGGAUAGAGCCAGUAGGGAGGGCCGACUCUUCAUUGGAACAUUCACCUGUGUUAAAUCUAGAAGGCAUGCUCAAGCCGGUGGAGGUGUCCAAUGAAGGAGGGCCCCUGGGGAUCCACGUAGUGCCUUUCAGUUCACAAGAUGUCAGGACUCAGGGCUUGCUCGUGAAGCGCCUGGAGCGCGGGGGCAAAGCCGAGCAGGAGCGUCUCUUCCAGGAGAACGACUGCAUCGUCAAGAUUAAUCAGGGAGACAUUCGCAACCUGCGCUUUGAACAAGCUCAGAACAUUUUCCGGCAGGCCAUGCGCACCCCGCUCAUCCUUUUCCACGUGGUCCCCGCGGCCAUGAAGAGACACUACGAGCUGCUGUCGGCCCAGAGCGAGCUCAGCCCGCCGCAGUCGAACAGGGUCCGCUUCAGCCAAGACUCCAAGCAGCCGGGGGACAGGUCCAGCCUUACGGGGGCGCUGGCGUCCAGAUCUGGACCGCAACCUGGCCUCGGUCACAACCACCAGGGCCCCCUGGCAGGAAGCACCCCCGAGUCGAGUCGACGCUACGCCACUUUACCCCACAACUUGGUCUCCAGGACCUCGUCCGCCCCCUCCCCCUCUCUGCAGCGCAGGGUGAGCGCGAACCCGUCCACCAGCUCCUACCUGAAGAACAAAGGCCGCAGGUUCAACAUCCAGCUGAAGAAAGGUCCAGAGGGUCUCGGAUUCAGCAUCACGUCCAGAGAUGUCCCCAUUGGCGGCAGUGCUCCCAUUUACGUUAAAAAUAUCCUUCCCCGAGGGGCGGCCAUCCAAGAUGGCAGACUGAAGGCUGGGGACCGGCUGCUGGAGGUCAGUGGAGUGGACCUGAACGGUAAGAGUCAGGAAGAGGUGGUGGCCCUGCUGCGUGCGACACCCAUGGGUGGGAUUGUGAACCUGUUGGUGAUUCGCCAAGAGGACUCCCUGCCCCGAGAAGUGCCAGAGGAAGAUGACAUGGUGUUAACCCCUGACGGCACACAAGAGUUCAUGACUUAUGAGAUUCCCCUGAACGAUUCGGGCUCCGCAGGCCUGGGAGUCAGCGUCAAGGGUAACCGGUCCAAGGAGAACCAUGCUGACUUGGGGAUCUUUGUAAAAUCCAUCAUCCAUGGAGGUGCUGCUAGUAAGGAUGGGCGUCUACGUGUCAAUGACCAACUCAUUGCAGUCAACGGGGAGUCGUUGGUCGGGAAGACCAACCAGGAAGCCAUGGAAACGCUGCGCACGUCCAUGUCGGUGGAGGGCAACAAGCGAGGGAUGAUCCAGCUCAUCGUGGCCAGGCGGGUGGCCAAAAACAAUGAGGAGGCCCCUGUCAGCCCUCCAUUUGUUGAGCAUCCUGUCAACUCUCUUCUGGACAACCACGAACGGCGGAUCUCCCACUGCCUCUACGAACCCACCGAGGGCUCGGAACACAUCUCCACACCACUGGCUAAUGCACAUGGACGCAUUGGUAACUACCAGCUCUCCCCGACUGUGAACAUGCCCCAGGACGACAUAGUGAUGAUCGAAGACGACCGGCCGCCCCUGCUUCCCGCCCACCUCUCCGACCAGUCGUCCUCCAGCUCCCACGACGACAUGGGCUUCGUGGGAGGAAACGCGGCCUCCUGGAUCCACGAGCUGCCCGAUCACAAUGAAUGCACGCUGAGUCCAGAUACAGACGCUGACGGCUCGUUCCAGAGGGAGGGCUUCGGCCGACAGAGUAUGUCAGAAAAGCGCACCAAGCAGUACGAAAAUCCAGCCCAUCUUGAUAUCAUCAAGAACCGGAAGUCCAAAAGCAUGGAUCUAGGUAUAUCCCUGCGUUCUGGAGGACAGCAGGUCGGACCCACGUUGGGUCUGAAGAAAUCCAGCUCCCUUGAAAGCCUCCAGACGGCCAUCGCCGAGUCCACGCUCAACGAUGAGAUCAACGUCCACAGGCCGCGCCCGCGCAUCGCCAGGAACCGCGGCUGCAACGAGAGUUUCAGGGCCGCCAUCGACCGGUCGUACGAGAGACCUGGCGCCGCCGCCGCGGAAGAAGAGAACAGCAUGGAUACAGUGGACGAGGACACGGAGGGAAGCUCCAGAUCGGGCCCUGAGUCCAUGUCCACCAGCAGUGACUUCGUCGUGAGCCCCAGCCUGAACGGCAGCCUCUCUAAAGACGACAAGCGGAAAGAUCAGGAGAAGGCUGGGGGCAAAGAGAAGAAGAAGAGCGAGAAGGACAAGGACAAGAACAAAUCCAAGAAGGGCGUCCUGAAGGGCCUGUUCAGGUUUGGAAAGCAGCGGAAGGACGAGCGGCCAGAAGACAGGAUGGAGAGGAAGGGCUCCAGCAAAUCUAAAGCUGAGGAUGUGCAGGCAUCGCAGGACGAGACCCUGCGGAUGAGGCUGGAACAAGAGAGAAUACAGGCCAAGACACGAGAGCUUCGUGAGAAGCAGGCAAAAGAGAGAGAAUACGCCGAGAUCCAGGACAUCGUCGGCCCCACCUUCAGCUCAGACGAGGAGCACACUUACGCCGGCAUCGGAUCGCUGGACUCGUCGGUGGACAGCAGCAGCUUGGACCCUUACAGCCACCCCUACCAUCUCCCCCAGAGUCCCAAGAGUCCCCACCCACCUACCAGCGGUCCGGACGGCGGUCCGCCCCUGGAGGCACUCUACGCCCAGGUCAACAAACCUCGCAAUGGACGUCCUGCGGCCCCAGACAGCAAUCAGAUGGCCCCCAGUAACCACGACCGGAUACAGAUGCUGAGGCACGAGUUCCAGCAGGCCAGGCAGGAGGAGGAACCCGAGGACCACCACCGCACCUACAGCUUCAACCAGCCACGGGUGAGCAAUGGGACGGAGGCACAGAGCGGACGGCAUUCCGUAACAGUGGACUCUCAGGUCCAGAAGCAGCAGCAGGACGACAGUUAUCAGCAGUCACAGAGGCAGUACAACUCCCUGACACGGCAACCUCGCAAGAACCCCAGCACGGUGUCCCAGGACUCAUGGGAGAGGGCGUACAUGCCGACGGACGGCUUCCAGCCAUCCAAGGAGAACCCUCGCUACUCCGGAGGCCAAGGGUCACGCAACGGCUACCUGGGGACGCCCGGCUUUAACGCUCGCGUCCUCUUAGAGACCCAGGAGCUGCUGAGGCAGGAGCAGAGACGCAAAGAGCAGGAGGCCAUCAAGGCCCGGCCGCCCCCUGCGCCGGAACCCCCCGGGGGCGGCGCCUUCGACCACAGCAGUGACCACUCUCAGGCCCCUGGCUCGGCACCACCGAAGCCCCCACCUCAGUCCAAGGGCCCCUACAGACAGGACGUACCCCCGUCGCCUACGCAACUGGCCAAGCUCGGCAGGCAUCACGGCUCAGAGAAAGGGAGGCUGUUUUAUUCCUGAGAUGGCGACUGAGAGGCGAUUAGGACUGAUCCCAACAAGCAUUUACAGUGAUACAAGGAGGCAGGGCAAGAUGUCAGUUUUUUUAUAUAACAUGAUGAGAUACAAAGAUUUUUAUGGGACUGUUGUUAUAAAAUGUUAAUAUUUAAGGAAAGAUUUUUUUUUAAUGGUAUGAACUUUGAUGCUUUUUAGCUGUCGAAAAAGAAAUGUUUUAUUGUCCACAAUCAUCUAACGACACGAGUGCCUUCUAGUCCACUGAUUGUUCACCCUUUGCGGGCAUCGGCCCCGUGUUUUGGUUUCACGCAGUCAAUCUGGGCGGUGGGGGCAUUUGACGGCAGCCUCGGCGCAGCGUCGUAACGCCUAGUGCAGGACACAGUCCAGGCAGCUUUCAGAGCCCCCCGGGGACGGGGUGGCCUGACUCGAUCCCGAUCAGAAUGUGAGUCUGGUGACACGCGGUUUGGAUGUAAUUAUGAGGCGUGUUUCAACUCACACAGAGAAGAAGCUGACAGUCCUCCGACCAAUCAGAGCUGUAUUUGUAAUCAAAUUCAGACCACGCUGCUGUUGCCGCAUUUCAUCUGUUGUGCAUAAUCAGUUUCCAGCGGAGUGACUCCAGGCCAAUGUAACAGAAGUUGGUCUGACCUCCAGGCUAAGGGCAGGGAUCUUAGUCUAUAGAAUGUAGGCUGCUUUAUCAAUCAUUACACUGUAUGUGCAAGGUUUGUGUGAACUGUUUGAGUUUUUGGCUUUGGGCGUCAGCACCCUGCUCCCCUCCUCCUUAGUUCAAGAAAAAUGGCCCUUUUGGUUUCAGACACAGGACUAACUGAGAGAACGUAUCUUCUCUCCGCCCCCCCCCGCUUCCACUGAAUAUGAUAAUCCUGAAUUCUCUCUUCCUCUCCGCUGCCUGCUUUAUCUCCGUUUUCUUCCUCGCAUUGUCACUUCUCACCACACUGCACUCUCCCGGGAGGAAAGCAGCUUCACAUCUCCCUUUAUUCCUGCUCCGCUCCCCCGUCCCACCCCCCACCCGGGGAAUCCAGCUGUAUAAACGGGGUCAGGUCUGGGUUAUUAAUUAAUGCGGCUCAUCAAAAAUUGAGCGCGGCCCUUUUUGCGCGCGUUUGUUGUCACGUGCGGCGAGGAGACGCAGAGGAGCGGCUACCUUAGCGGAGCGGCUCGGGCCUCGGCCUCGCCUAAAAAAGCCCGUCGGCCCUCGCCGCGUCUGAGCGGCUCCUCGCUGAAUGUUUCAUCAGGGCGGUUACGAGCGGCAUCAGCUCCGCAGCGAGAGGCCUCAGCGUGGGACCGCCUGUUCGCGGGCCACAUACAAAUGGAACUGAUUUUGUUUUCCUUCUUGAUUAUGUCCAUUGAUGGAAAACCACUCUGCGGCUUUUUCAUUGUUCAAUCAAUAAUUAGCGCCGUAUUUUUUAAAGUGUGUAAAGUGUGUGUCUGUGGGAGGGUGGGUGUGUCUGUGUGGUCCUGCGUGGGUGUUCCUGUUGAUGCACGAGUUUGUGCAUCAACAGUACUCCAUAACCCUUUCCCUGCCCUGCUGCAGGAUCCUAGGGACACCUCCGCCCUUCCUGUUUACAGCAGUUAAAGAUCUAAUAACUUUAUCAAAUAGUUGACGUGUAGCCUCGUUCUCUCUUACCACAGGAUUUGGGGUGAGCUUGUUAACUGACUGAUGUCCAGACGGUUUGAAGCGUUCCUCUACUAGCGUUAGCAGAUGAGUAGUGCUUCAGUUGUAUUCUGACCCAUCCCACGUUGCCAAGAAGUCUCUGGGAACUUACCCUACCAAGGAAAGCUGACUCAGUCUGGUUGAUUAAGUGCAUGUAAACAUAUAUACACCUUUUGGAAGCUGCAGUGGAAACAAUUGCACAGUUUUCUUUUGUCUUGUUUCUCAGCAGUCAAAUGAAGUUGUGUGUUUGUGUUUUCUCCAUAGGAUAGUUUAGUCCGACCGUUCUCACGGUUCCAUUAAAUAAACGCCAUCACGCGCGCGAGGGUACGUAACACGGCGCACCGGUGCUCUUGUUUGCCUAGCAUUUUUCCAGCGUGCGCGCGCGAGUGUGUAGGAGGACAUGUGUUUAAGUGUCGGCGAGCGCUGCCAGUAACUGGAUGCUCCAAUAUGUCUGUGAAUAUGUCUUGGCAGCCAUAUGAACCACUUGGCUGCCGAGUGGGAGCGGAGCAGAGUUGUAGGAGGGAGAGAAGAUGGGAGGCCUGACCUUGCAGAUGAUUCAGUCAAUGGAGUAAUCACAACUAUUCCUCUGAGUCUGCAGUACAAACAAGGGGUUACCGUCGAGGCGGCGCUUGCUCUCCGCCGUCUCCUCUUCUCAUCCUCUGCGUUUAUCUCCUUCAUCUGUCUGUCAGGUUUGAUGCUGUCUGGGGGCGUCGGUUGGGGGGGUGAGGUGGGGGGGUUCUGAUACAGCUGCUUUUUUAACUGAUGUGUCUCAUCAUGAACCGGGAGGUGCCAGCAAGUGUUUUUUUCCCCGCCUUCUUUAUAUGCAAAUUUGAUAAUAUCCCAUAAUGCACAUUUAUUAUUUGUGUAAUUAAUGUUUGUGCAUCGCCUGUGACACAUGGAUUUUUCCCAUAAAGUGUUUUAUGUGUUUGUUUGUCGUUUUUUUUAAGUCCUUGGGAGAAAUGAGAAAUAUAUUGUCGGUAUUUCACUGUGUUGUUAAUGCCCAUCCUUCAUUGUGUUCUAUUAUCCGCAAUAUGGUACUAUGCUGGUGAAAAAUGACUAAUAUGUAAGCACCGUGCAAUUUUCCUUUUUACAACAGUGUAUCAUUAAGACAUUUUUCUUCUGAUCUCUGUACAUACGAUAUCCACUUUUUAUUUUUUUUUUUCCAGUGAAUAAAUUGAGGGUAGUUUCAA